CAUGUCGCCGCCUCAGCGGGCUCGCGUCUUGCGGUGCUGCAGCUGCCGCCUCUUCCAGGCGCACCAGGUGAAAAAGAGCGUCAAGUGGACCUGCAAAGCUUGUGGAGAGCAGCAGUCCUUUCUGCAGGCUUACGGUGAGGGCUCUGGUGCUGACUGCAGACGUCAUGUUCAAAAGUUAAAUCUACUGCAGGGACAGGUUUCGGAACUGUCACUCAGGUCUCUGGAAGGACCCGGAGGUGCCAGUGGGGAAGAAACCGAGGGCCGUCGGCAGGCUGAGAACGUGAGUCUGCAGGUGAGGCCGCGGCACACCUGGUGGCUCUGGGAGACAGACGGGUUCCACGAAAAACCACAGCCCUCGGAGAGCCGCUGGCUGAAAUAUCUGGAAAAGGACUCCCAAGAACUGGAGCUGGAAGGAGUGUGUUUCGAGAGACAGCCCUCACCCAAAACAGAGCCAGACGGCCCCUUCGGUCAAGACCUGCCGAGGAAAAGGAAGUGGAGCCAGAGCACAGUCCAGCCUCCAUGCAGCCUCGAUGUCCCGGGCUUGGGCGACUCUGAGGUCACCUUGGAACCCCAGGGCUGUGCGGGCCUGAUCGGGAAGGUGAAACAAGACAGCCUCUGCCUCCAGCACUCUGUGCGCUGCAGCGCCCGGGAGCGCGGUGCCGGUCUGUGGAAAUUACGGAGUCCUGCCCAGCACGUCAAAACCUCACCUUCUGGAUGGGCCCCAUUUCUCCUGUCAGCGGGGGACAGCUCACAUGUGGACACAGAGCCACAGAGGCCACCACAGAGGGGCCCCAGGCCAGCCGGUCCGGCCCAGGUCGAGCAAGGGACCCGCAGGGCCCAGACCCCAAGGGAAGGUCACCUCGGGAGGCUCGCCACCACUGUCCAGCCUCCUGGGCCCACACACACCCCCACAUCUGGAUCCGAGAGGCCCUGCAGGAAGGCCCCUGGGCAGUUGUGGGGUGUGGGGACUCCUCAGGCAGAGAGUGGGUCCCUGGUCCAAGAGGCACAGAAGCCCCCACCCCUGCGACUGUGUGACCUCUUUGCAACUGGGGAGGACUUUGAUGAUCUGUGAACCGAAACUCGCGUGUUGCUAAUUGAGGUACAUUUAUUGCACGAGUCCCUUUCCCCUGGACUCCUAUGCCAGGGAAACGCGGUUCCCCCAGGUGCUUUUUAACAGGCCUGAUGUGCAAGAAGGACCAACAAUAAACGUCACUGUCU